AUGAAAGACUGUCUCCUAAAACAAGCUGGAAUUCCAACGCCACCAUUUGGAGUGGCUAGAUCACCUGAUGAAGCUGCUAAAAUAGCUGCCGAUUUAAAAUCUAAUGAUUUGGUAGUAAAAGCGCAAGUACUUACUGGUGGUAGAGGAAAAGGUCAUUUUCAAAAUACUACUAUCGGUGGUGUUGUUAUGUGUGAAUCUCCAGAACAAGUAAAACAGGUAUCGGAAAAAAUGAUUGGAAAUUUAUUGAUUACUAAACAAACGGGAGUUGCUGGAAGAAUUUGUAAUUCUGUUAUGGUGACAACACGCAUGUUUCCAAGGAAAGAAUAUUAUCUUUCAAUAAUGUUAGAGCGUACUUUCAAUGUAAGUCUAAGAGAGAAUAAGUUAAAUUUAAAUAUAAACGAUCGAAAGUAA